GCGUAUACAAGCAAAGGACUAGAAAUGAAGCCAAAUGAUCACAUCUUACUGUUUGUCAAAGGUAGAACGGUCUUUGAAUUUUGUUCUCUAAACUCGAUAGAGAAGAAGGCUAUGGCUAUAGUGUUCAACACCACUGGAAAUGAGCCAGCGCCAUCAAUCUCAAGCGCACAGUCAAUUUUCCUACAGUCUUAUGGAGCUUGUGCCACUUACCUGCCCACUUUAUACUAUUUGGGCAUGUGCUGCAUCUCACUAGGGGAUAAGGAGAAUGCCAAAAAGUACCUCACUGAGGCCACAUCGCAGACAGCCGAAGGAUGUUAUCGCGGCGUACAGGCAGAUUGUACAAAUUUGCUCAAACAAUGCAAAUGA